AUGGCACCAGCACCAACAGCACACUUCGCCGAUGGCAACCAGAGUGGCGACUUCCACCGCAACUACCACGACGAUAGGAACACCUCGUCCGAAGAGACCAUCUACGCGACCAGCAAUGGCGUCCCCAUGGCUCACCCGUAUGAGGCCCAAAGAGUUGGAGACAACGGACCUCUGCUGCUGCAGGACUUCCACUUGAUCGACUUGCUCUCGCAUUUCGAUCGUGAGAGGAUACCCGAGCGUGUCGUCCACGCGAAGGGCGGUGGCGCCCAUGGCUAUUACCAGACUACCGACCCGUUGGACGAUCUGUGUCUGGCGGAUAUGUUCCAAGCUGGAAAGAAGUGCCCAGUUACAGUGCGAUUCUCCACCGUCGGUGGUGAAUCGGGCUCCCACGACUGCGCUCGUGACCCUCGAGGCUUCUCAGUCAAGUUCAGGACCGAAGAAGGCAACUGGGAUAUGGUGGCCAACAACACUCCAGUCUUCUUCCUCCGCGAUCCCGCCAAGUUUCCACACUUCAUUCACACGCAAAAGAGAGACCCUGCAACGCAUCUCACCCACGCCGACGAUUCGACCAUGUUCUGGGACUACCUCAGCCAAAAUCCAGAAUCAGUGCACCAGGUCAUGAUCCUGAUGGGUGACCGAGGCAUUCCUGAUGGUUGGCGCAAGAUGCAUGGUUACAGCGGCCACACUGUCAAGCUCAUCAACAAGAAGGGUGAGUGGGUGUAUGCCCAGAUGCACAUGAAGAGCAAGCAGGGCACCGGCUUCAUCACUCAAGAAGAUUCCGCCAACUACUCGCCCGACUACGCACAAAAGGACCUGUACUACGCCAUCGAAAAGGGCGAGUACCCUGGUUGGGAUGUCAUGUUCCAGACCAUGACACCAAAGGAGGCCGAAGAGGUCUGGCAAAAGCAAGGCAUCAACAUUUUUGACCUCACGCAUGUGUGGCCUCAGAAGCAAUUUCCGCUCCGCAAGGUCGGCGAGUUCUUCUUGAACGAGAAUGUGCAAAACUACUUUGCUGAGAUCGAGCAAGUGGCGUUCAGUCCUUCCCAUUUGGUUCCAGGCAUCGAGCCCUCCGCAGACCCUGUUCUCCAGUCAAGACUGUUCUCAUACCCAGACACGCACCGUCACCGUGUGGGCACCAACUACCAACAGCUGCCUGUCAACGCUCCGCGCACGGCACACCGCAUUGGCAACUUCCAGCGAGAUGGACCAAUGGCGUUCAACAACCAAGGCUCUCGACCAGCAUACUUGAGCUCAAUCCAGCCUAUCCAAUUUAACAAGCGAUCUGUGGAUCUUGACAAGACACACGGGCAGUUUGUCGGCGAUGCUGUGACGUUCUUGUCAGAAAUCCGACCGGAAGACUUCAAUGCACCUCGAGCCCUGUGGGAGAACGUUUGGGAUGAGGAUGCAAAGUCACGAUUCAUCAACAAUGUCUCCGGCCACAUGCAGAACUGCCACAAGGAGGAAAUCAUCAAGAGGCAGAUCGCCAUCUUCCGCGAAGUGUCCAACGACAUUGCCACACGGCUUGAGAAGGCUACGGGUGUCAAGGGAUACGAUGGUAUUGCCAACCUUCGGUUCAAUGGUUCGCACAAUGGCAUGGCUAAGGAUGCAAGCCUUCGUGCUGCGAACAACUUGGAGGACAAGACGAAUAGGUCUGCCAACAAUGGUGCUCCAGUUGCUGGUCAGCACCAGAAGGUGUAUUAA